UCUCACGCACUGAAUAAGUAUGAAUAUUUUUUCAGUGGCAUUCACCGAAUUUAAACAAUGUAUGGAUUUUAUAGGAUCAACCAAAAUAGAGAGAUGAUUUUAGGCAAAUAUUUUAUUAAUGUAUUUAAAUACGAUUGUUUUGAGAGCCGAUUUGUUUCUAUGAAUUUGAUCAAAAUUUGAAAUAAUCAAAUAAAGUCAUCAUUCAAUUUAUUUCUGAAUGAUUUGGCCAAAAAUGAAUAUCUGUGAUGUUUUUUUUGUACAGAAACUUAUUUUCAGUUCAUCUAACUUUAGUUUUGAAAACUGUUCGUAAAUUGUCACUGAUGACAUUUGAAUGUAAAUAGUCAGAAACAGAACGUCAAAUCAAUCAGCUGUUUUGGUUGCAUAAGACGUUAGUCCCAUCGUUUGUGUACAGCUCAAAUAGCUAGGUCGAUUUUUUUAGUUUGAAUCAAAGGUGUUUUUGAGUUAAAAGCAAUUUCAAAUUGUAUAUUUGAUACAAAUACCGAUAUAGCUCAAAAGUCAUGAACAAUUUUUUAUAGUGACCCACUAAUUGCUUCAAAUGUUUGGUUAUUGGAAUAAAUCACAAUUACGGCAAUCUAUAUCAACACAUCGCAAACAUGUGAAACGACGUACGUUGCUUAUUAUUGGGUCAAUACGAAAUUUUUCUAGUGGAAAAUAUUCGAAGUUGGGAGAUUUGUAUGCUCGAUUGGGACUAACUGGUGGUGUAUCACAGGUGGAAAUCAAAAAAGCCUACUACAGAUUAUCAAAGGAACAUCAUCCUGAUAAAAAUGAAGGCUGUGCCAUUUCUACGGCAAAAUUCCGAAGCAUUACCGAAGCGUAUGAAAUUCUUGGCAAUGCAACAACACGGGCUCAGUUCGAUAGAGAAACACCUUACGGAAGAAUGUCGAGGCGAGUGAGACCAAACAAAGCUCAGCCGAGCUCAGCGUUUAGCCAAAAAGAUGAUGAGCUGGCCGAAAAGAUUCGAAUUUUUCGUGAAAAUAUGCGGCGAAAGUCAAAAAAGCCAAGUGAAGACGAAGAAUUCACAUUCCGACGCGAAAAUAUGUUCGAUUUCGAUGCCUGGUAUCGUGCCCAUUUCUACGAUGACUUUGAAACAAAAAUUCGAGACGAGCGAAAGAAAAUGUAUGCUGAACAAUAUCGCCAGCAAAUGGAACGAAUGUCAAAGGGAUUACAUAGCAUUCGACCACCAAGACCUUACGCAGAGCGUAAAGAACAAUCCGAUAUUGAUUAUCAGAUGAUGGAAAUGCGAGAGAAAGAAAUGAAAAAACAAAUUAUAAACCUAGUACAAUUAACAAUGACUUUUAUAGUUGCCAUAUCUAUUGCUUUAUUCAUAUUGCAGCAAUAUUUGGAUAGAAAUAAUCAACCGUAUCAGGAUCCAUACGCAAAGCGAACGGUAAAAAACGCAACGACUGAAACGGAAAAAGAAAAAUGAUUUUUGUUUUCGUGUAAAUAAAAAUUCUCGUACAAAAA